CUGUAUUCAGAGCACACACACACACACACACACACACACACACACACACACGCACACAAUCAUGGCUGAUGUCUUUCUCUUCUUCACCUCUUUUGUUGACCUGCUCAGUGUUUUCAGACCGUAUUACAGUGAGUUCUGUCAGCUAAACUUAUCAGUUGAUUCAGCUGUCCAUGUGGACUAGAAAUGCGAACCAGAAAGCAGAGAUGUGAAGAAAUCCGUUUCUGUCAGUAAUCUACACUGAGCUCAUUAAUAUUAUAUUUAAUAAGUGAACAUGGAGGUGCUGAAGUGGAUUUACGUGGGAUCCAGGAGAAGGAGGUGGAAGCUGGAGACGGCUGUUCUGCUCACCACGGCCAUUCUGUGUUUGUUAUUAUUGCUGCGAACAGACAUUCAGAACAAGAAAUCACAAAACACAACUGACAAACCAAAGUUCAAACCUGAACCUCAGACAUCACCAGACCUGUUCCUGAGAUCAGCAAACAAAUGUCAGCGAAAUUCGUCUGCAUCCAACAUUAAAGGCUUUUCCACUUUACCCAAACACAUCCAAGAUUUCCUUUUUUACCGCCACUGUCGGCAUUUCCCUAUGCUGCUCAACAUUCCUGGGAAGUGCGGCGGUCCAGAGAACUCCUCAGAUGUUUUCCUGCUGCUGGCCAUCAAAAGUUCUCCACCCAACUACGAGCGGCGGGAGGUUCUGCGAAAAACGUGGGCUUCUGAGAGGCUUCAGAGUGGCGUGUGGAUCCGCACUGUGUUCAUAUCUGGAACCACAGGAGACAGGUUCGAGAAGAAAAGACUGAACAAACUCCUGCAGCUGGAGAACCGCAAGUACCAGGACAUACUUCAGUGGGACUUUCAAGAUUCCUUUUUCAACCUUACACUGAAGCAGGUCCUAUUCCUGGAAUGGAUGGAGAGGUUUUGUCCCAAUGUGCACUUUCUCCUCAACGGAGAUGACGACAUUUUCGCCAACACAGACAACAUGGUGCAGUAUCUCAAAGGGUUAGAUGAUAACGAUGGAAGCAAACAUCUAUUUAUCGGCCACUUGAUCCAAUACGUGGGGCCGAUCCGGGAACAGGCCAGUAAAUACUACAUCCCCGUCCAAGUCCAUAAAUCAGACAAGUAUCCUCCCUACUGCGGAGGAGGCGGCUUCCUGUUGUCACGUUUCACUUCCAGAACCAUCUACAACAUGUCUCAUUCCAUCACCCUGCUCCCCAUCGAUGAUGUUUACAUGGGAAUGUGUCUGGAAAAGGCUGGACUUAAACCCUCGUCUCAUAUGGGAGUGAGGACAGCGGGCCUGCAUGUUCCCUCAGUAAAGCUGGACCCCUACAAUCCAUGCUACUACCGUGAGGUUCUCCUGGUCCACAGGUUCCUCCCACACCAGAUUUUUAUUAUGUGGAAUGAAAUCCAUCGACAAGAUUUGGUUUGUGGAAAGAAAGCCCUUAGUGAGCAGAAUGACACAAACAUGUGACACAAAAAUGAAACAAAACAAUAAAUACCAAAACAGAGGCUGAUGACACGUGCUGGUUAUGAACAUCAUUAUAGAGCAGUUACUGAGUAAAAAAUAUUACUCACUGUCAAAUUUAACACAACUGCACUCUAGUGAUGUUCAUAAACAGGGUGAUUGGUAUAAUUCCGUAUUUAAUUUAUUCAUCUCAAUAAUUUAUUAUUAUUAAUAAUAUGGUGAGGCUGACUGACGGUAGAUCGUGCUUUAAGGAAUAACACACUAUAGACAGUGCAGUUAGAGGAAAAUGGAUUAUUUCCCCAUAACAGCACGUGUUUUAUUACUCUUAUACCACAACCAGAUUGUCAUUUAUUAAAGAACGACAUGUCGUACAUUUUAUCUAUUUAUAGUUACAUCACAAACUGUGGAACAUCGGCUAAGCGAGUUAGUUCCUGUUGUACUGCAGUUGUUCCCUCACCUGCCUCUCUUUUUUCUCUCUCUCUCUGGAACUUAAGUCCUUUCAGCUCAUGUACACUUUGUACAUGUAACAUUAAUUAAUUAUUAAUUGUCAUGACACCUGAAUAUUCUAAUGUACUGUAUAUCAUGAAAAUGUAUGUAUGUGGAAUAAAGUGCAGGUUUGUGCAAUACAAUGCUGUGCAACCUCGAGCUGAGGUAGUUGAGUGAAAAAGCUAACAAUACAGUAAAUAUUUAUAAUUACGGGAUAUUCUGUGUGUAUUAACAGGAAUGUUGAGGGUGUGGGUGUUGUGCUAAUAAAUCCAAGGUCUGUAUUUAUAUGUGUUACAGGUGUGGGGAUGAUCACAAGAUCUGAUGUAACAUAUUUGUUGAAGAAUUUUCCUGUUAAGAUAAUAUAAGAUAAUAAUGAAAAGAA